AUAUACACACACCUUUGAAUAUGAUUCAUUCCCUCGCAAAAAAAAGUCGAAUCUGAAAAGCCCAUCUCAUUUUUUCUGAAACAUUCCCUACAAAAAUUGUACGCUGGAUGUGGUUUUGUGGUCAUCGAAUCUCUCUUUCUGGCAUAAAUUCCGACUUUCAUCAUUAUCGCAACCUGCCUUUUCAUCUUAUGGUUAGAAAAUCGUGAUUCCAAUUCCGCUGAUUCCAUCAGCUUUGUGUGUGUGUGUAUAUAUAUAUAUAUAUGGGCCUUGGAGAUAAGCACGAAACCACACCUACGCUGAGAUCGCCUUUGCUGAAACCACCCCUAAUCUCGCACACUUUCUUGGUCCACUUUGUUCAAUCCAGGAUCAAAGUUUCUGCCACUGACUGGUGAUCAAUUAUGGGUUACUUGAACAAUGGAUUUGAUGAAAGUAUUCAGCAGACUAAUCCUGGGGCAGUGAUAAGCAGUGGAAGAGAAAUUUUGUUGCAGGCUUUCAACUGGGAGUCUCAUAAAUAUGAUUGGUGGAGAAACUUGGCAAACAAGGUUCCUGAUAUUGCGAAGUCUGGGUUUACUUCUGCAUGGUUACCACCAGCUACUCAUUCCUUCUCACCUGAAGGUUACCUUCCACAGAACCUUUAUUCUCUCAAUUCUUCCUAUGGGUCUGAGCACCUGUUAAAAGCUUUACUGCAAAAGAUGAAGCAGUUCAAAGUUAGAUCAAUGGCUGACAUAGUCAUAAAUCAUCGUAUCGGAACAACCCAAGGGCAUGGUGGAAUGUAUAACCGUUAUGAUGGAAUUCCAUUAGCGUGGAAUGAACAUGCUGUUACCACUUGUACGGGUGGAUUGGGUAACGGAAGCACUGGGGAUAAUUUUCAAGGUGUUCCAAAUAUUGAUCAUACCCAGCAGUUUGUUCGCAAAGACAUCAUUGGGUGGCUACAGUGGCUACGCAAUACUGUUGGCUUCCAAGAUUUCCGCUUUGAUUUUGCUAGAGGUUAUUCAGCAAAAUAUGUAAAAGAAUACAUUGAUGGCGCAAAGCCAAAUUUUUCUGUUGGCGAGUUUUGGGAUUCUUGCAACUACAAGGGUCACCAUUUGGAAUACAACCAAGAUAGUCAUAGGCAGCGGAUAAUUAAUUGGAUUGAUGGCACGGGAAAGCUUUCAGCUGCAUUUGACUUCACAACAAAGGGAAUUCUUCAGGAAGCUGUAAAAGGGGAAUUCUGGCGUCUGCGUGACCAUCAAGGUAAUCCACCAGGAGUGAUGGGAUGGUGGCCUUCAAGGUCUGUCACUUUCAUUGAUAAUCAUGAUACAGGAUCAACUCAGGCUCAUUGGCCAUUUCCUUCAAAUCAUAUUAUGGAGGGCUAUGCAUACAUACUAACACAUCCGGGGAUACCAACUGUCUUUUAUGACCAUUUUUAUGAUUGGGGUGACACCACACAUGACCAAAUUGUGAAGCUGAUGGAUGUCCGGAGGCGUCAGGAUAUUCAUAGCCGAUCAUCUAUUCGAAUUCUUGAAGCGCAGCCAAAUGUCUACUCUGCAAUUAUUGGGGAGAAAGUGUGCAUGAAGAUUGGAGAUGGCUCAUGGUGCCCUGCUGGCAGGGAGUGGACACUCGCGAUUUCUGGCCACAGAUACGCUGUUUGGCACAAGUAAUGUUCCCUAGAGGUUUCCGCCGUUUGAGCUAUUGUUCUCCCGGUGGCAAGCGGGAGGGAGUUUUGUUACAUCUUGGAAAUUAUCUUUUGCUUAAAUAAGGCAUCCAAUCUUCAAUUUUAUUGGAGAUUAUUUUGCAAAGUAUAUUCUGGAUACAUCAAUAAUAUGGGUUAUUCAUCUUGAAUGGCCACUCGGUCUAAAUAAAUCCUAUUGGUCCAUUCCUUUUUA